UACCUGUGCCUAGCCGCCGACGUCAACACACGUGGCGUGGCGGGGAUCGGCGCGCUGUGAGCCGCAAGUGUGUGAGUGCGAUUAUAUGGAAUUCAGCGAUUACGCCACCGGCGUACAACGAGCGAGUGCGUCCGCCGAGCGGUAAUAAUAAUAAUUAGUCGCCUCAUUAUUGUUAUUCGAGGCGACGGCGCUCACUGUCACCGACAGAUAAACGCUCCGCGCGACCAGACGCCGUCGUGCCCAAUUCACGCGUCCUCUAUUGUUGCUAUUGUUGCCGGACAAGGAGAGGUCCCCUUUUGUGUCGCGUUGUGCACCGGGUUGCCAGAUCGCAUUGACUGGAUUGUUUGAUACGAAGCUAGCGCUCAAUCAGUUUGUUGGUGGUCGGAACAAAAAUUUGGACUGCUAAGUGUGACACCGUGCAGUGAGUGCAGUGUUACCGGACGGCGUCGCCGGUUGGUUGUUUCAGUGCAGUGCUAGUGCUGUGACGUGCGGUUAUCGGUGGUGGUGUGUCAGUCAGUGGCAGUGUGUGCGUGUUGCGUGUGCGUUGCGUCCGAAGCGGCGCGGGUGCGGGUGCGGGCGCGGACGCGGACGCGGGCGCGCGAGUCACAUCAAUGCCGGUGUGCCGAUGGAUCGGUGAUUGCGGCCUGACUACGUCACAACAGCAGCGUUGGUAAAGUAUGCGCCACACCACCGCCCAGACUGAGCCGACAUCGACACUAAUGACAUUACAAUUGUGACGCGCUGCGGAGCGGUGAUUAAAGCGGCUCUGCCGCUUUAAAUGGACAAACGCAAGAUGCUGCCAAAGAGAGCGCGUAUGGAUAGCAUGCGGGGUCCCAUUGCAAAUGGACCCCUGCAAUCAAGGCCCCUAGUUGCGUUACUAGACGGACGCGACUGCACAGUAGAGAUGCCAAUACUGAAGGACGUGGCGACAGUUGCGUUCUGCGACGCGCAGUCCACCUCAGAAAUACACGAGAAAGUGCUGAACGAGGCGGUCGGCGCGCUCAUGUGGCAUACGAUCAUACUUACCAAGGAGGACCUGGAGAAAUUCAAGACUUUGAGGAUUAUCGUCCGCAUAGGCUCCGGGGUGGACAAUAUUGAUGUCAAAGCCGCCGGGGAAUUAGGCAUAGCUGUAUGUAAUGUGCCGGGUUACGGCGUAGAAGAGGUAGCGGACACGACGAUGUGUCUCAUAUUGAAUUUGUAUCGGCGGACGUACUGGCUCGCAAAUAUGGUGCGAGAAGGGAAAAAAUUCACAGGGCCGGAGCAGGUCCGCGAGGCGGCGGCCGGGUGCGCGCGCAUCCGCGGCGACACGCUCGGCAUCGUGGGGCUCGGCCGCAUCGGCUCGGCCGUCGCACUGCGCGCCAAAGCCUUCGGCUUCAACGUCAUCUUCUAUGACCCCUACCUGCCCGACGGCAUCGAGAAGUCGCUCGGACUCACUAGAGUUUACACCUUGCAGGACCUUCUAUUCCAGAGCGAUUGUGUAUCACUGCACUGCAGCUUAAACGAACACAAUCAUCACCUCAUCAAUGAAUUCACUAUUAAACAAAUGCGCCCAGGCGCGUUCCUGGUGAACACGGCGCGCGGCGGCCUCGUGGACGACGAGGGGCUCGCGGCGGCGCUCAAGCAGGGCCGCAUCCGAGCCGCGGCACUCGACGUGCACGAAAACGAACCCUUCAAUGUAUUCCAGGGCCCGUUAAAGGACGCGCCCAACGUGCUGUGCACGCCGCAUGCCGCCUUCUACUCGGAUGCGUCCGCGCAAGAGCUGCGCGAGAUGGCCGCCUCCGAGAUAAGGCGCGCCAUCGUCGGCCGCAUCCCUGACUGCCUGCGCAACUGCGUCAACAAGGACUACUUCCUACCGGGCGCAGUGGGCGGCGUGGGCGGCGUGGGAUCGGUGGGAUCGGUGGGCGGUGUGGGUGUGGGUGGCGUGGGCGUGGGCGUGGGGUCGACGGGCGUGCUGCCGGCGGCGCCGCUGGCGCAGCCCGCGCCGCCGCCCGCCACCUACAGCAGCGAGGGCAUCAACGGCGGCUACUACGGCGCCGGCGCGCAGGCCGCGCACUCCACCACCGCCGUGCACGAGCCGCCCGCGCUGCCGCCGCAGCCCGCGCCGCCGCCGCCGCAGCAGCCGCCCAUCACGUUGCCAAUGAACACCUCUGACCCGGCGAAUCAUCAGCUGAGUAAGCAGGAGAGCUCCGACGUCCAUUAGGCGACGGCAUUACGCUACGUUACAGUACCGUACAGGUGGAGCGACUAAACAAACAUACAAACAAUAGUUUUAUUGAUUCCAACGCAACUAUGUCAUAAGUACCUAUGUCGUAAGCCAACGAGUGAUAUAUAUGUAUGUGUGCGCCGUUUGCAUUGAGGCGUCAAUGCAAACAGUUUGACUUGUAGCUUCGCGGCCGCCACCACACGUACUGUGGUCCUCUAAGAGCUGUUAGGCUCUGUACGUCUGCUCAGAAUCAGUUUGUUUGACAAUAAAAAAUAUUUACAACUAUCAUCGUCGUGGUUACAAAGAAUACAUUUUUAUAGAUCGAUAAUGAAAAACCGAUUCAGUAGCAUAAAUGAAAAGUAAACGCGAAUAAGCUAACGCUAAACCUUGCUAAUGCAUAAGCUUAAAAACAUUACGUGUGUGUGCUUAUACUAUUAAAAUGUAUUUACGUCCCCAGACAAUCGUUUUAAGGAGUAAUUUUUGUAUGUGAAUAUUUUGUACGAGUGGACACGUCUCAAUGCGAACGGUGCGUUACCGAGAGAUAGCUGAUUGUGUUUGUAAUUGGUAAGUUGGGACAGCUAUUAUAUAAAUACUGUUAUAUGUGAAGUGCGUGCACAAUCGCGGGCCGAUUUGUGAAAGUGGCCACGUGGCGUGACGUCACGUCCGCCCGCGACGGAGCCGAGCGGGAGACGCCGAGGUCCCGGCGGCUGCAGUCAAGCAUUUGAUCGCAUUUUACCGAGCAAACAUCGCCCCCCCCCCGGUCCCCGGUCCCCGGUCCGAGAUCACAGCGCGCAUGCGUACGAACUUAUUUUUAAGUAUCAAACAAUGGACUGUAGUAGAAUUCUAUCAUCACAUUUUUUUUUUAUUAUUGAAUGUACAAAAUCAUGCUUUCUUUGAUUAUAUUUUUUUUUUCUAAAUAGAAUUUAAGUGACGAAUUUGUACAUGAACACCACGAAUAGGCGCGUUACCUUUUAACCACCUGUUUUAAAAUCGUGAGCAUCGGUAUUUAAAAUUAGUAUUUACUUACAGUUUAGUUUAAUGACAAAAACAAUGUGUAUAUUUUAUGAGAAAGUGAAAAAGUUCUUAAAUAAAACUAUUGUUUUCGGAUUAAUUA